AAAUUGGAGGCACAAAUAAAUGUUAGUAAAAACAACGCUGAUGUGAACAUUGCUCCUGAUGUCACCACCUCCAAAGCGUAUGAGGAUGAGGAAGAUGGUGCUUGUAGCAAUGACUUGGUACAAUUCUUUAUCAUUUGUUCUUGUAAUUUUUUUUAAAAUUGUAUACCAAUUCUCACCGUCUAUUACUCAGUCAUGGAUUGUUCAGAAGAAGAUCAAUUCACAAGAUGGACUGCCAGUUGAUUGUGUUGUGAAGAAGGAGAAAAAAGAUAAGAAGACGACGGAUAGCACACAAAAUCUUACGACUGAAGUGGUGAUAAAGACUGAGAAGAAAGCUGGAAUUCCACCAAGAAGAGUUAAGCAAGAGAAGGCCUUCGAGAUCCCACAGCUAAAUGAUGAAUCCAUAUCUUCAAAAGAUUUGGAAAAUCAUCUACAGUGGGAGAAGAGUGUAAAAUGUAGGGCGGUGUUGGAAGCACUUGCGUCAAAUUUGAAGGAGCCUACACGCAGACGCAAGCCUCAGUUGACAAAGACUCAAGUUUGGCCGUUUGUUGGAAAUUCAACAGUGAAGCGUAUUAUAAGUGGUGAGAAAGUCUCCAAGGAACCUUAUGACCCAUUAGCUAAGGUGGAGGCAGAGAAACUGCAGAAAGUUUUGGAUUUCAUCAACUCUGAUUUGGAAGCAAAGGAGCCUGGUGUUGGAGAUGAAAGUGCUGGAUUUUUCUUGAAGUUAUUGAUACCUAGGGAUGAUUGGCCAAAAAAAGACUACGGCUGGUUGAAUGACUCCCACAUUGCAGCAGCAAUGCUUAUGUUUCACAGACGGUCCAGGCAAGAACAGUCUCCGUAUUCCUCUUCUCGAAUUGCAUUUCUGUCUCACUGGUUUGUGAACUCAUGGGUGAACGACUACAAGAGCUGGGACCAGAACACUGAGUUGUCAGAAAUGUACAUCAAGGCUUUUAAUGGAGAACACCCGGCUGAUUUUGUCACAGGUAAUAAGUGGAUUGCAGACGUCGACGAUCUUUUCCUCUGCCACCAUGUUAAUGGAGAUCACUGGGUUGCUCUACGCAUCGAGCUGCUUAAGGGGAAAAUUCAUGUUUAUGAUAGUAUUUGCACACAUGUGAGUGAUAAGGAGAUGAAAGAGGCAUGCCGGCCUUUGUAGAAUUGUGUCCCACAUGGUUACAAAUUCUACAUGUGUGUUCCUUCC